GUCACCCAGCCACUCUUUCUUGUGAAUAAUCCAAAUGCAGAAAAGACGACAAUGACACUGCAGUCAACAGGAUGCUCUGCUGCCUAACUGGAAAAACAAUCGUAUGUGCAUACUACCAGUGGGCAAUGGGCAUGACCAAGUCAAUGAUCAAGACCAGGCUAUUUGCAGCAGUGCGUUUGCACACCCUGCUCUGCACGGCAAACCGAAACUACUCUGAUACGGCACACAAAACUCCUACAUAAGCUUUGCGCAUCCCAAGCCAAGAUCAAACUGAGCCUUCUCAAUCAUUUGCUCGACAGUCCACAAUAGCUGCUACCCUGCCCUGAGUCCUGAGAGGAAACAAAGUGGCAGCCAUGGCACGGUCAUUGGGAGCGCUGCUCCUGCUCUCGCUGAUCAUGCGGCUGGCGGCAGCAACCAACGCCCCCAACACUGAGAGGGACGCGCUCCGGGCGUUCAGGGCCGGCAUCUCGGACCCGACAGGCGCGCUCCGGUCGUGGAACAGCACGGCGCACUUCUGCCGGUGGGCGGGGGUGACCUGCACCGGUGGGCAUGUCACGUCGCUGAACGUGUCUUACGUCGGCCUCACUGGGACAAUCUCCCCGGCCGUGGGGAACCUCACCUACCUGGACACCCUCGACCUCAACCAGAACGCCCUCUCCGGGAGCAUCCCGGCGAGCCUCGGCCGGCUGCGGCGCCUCAGCUACCUCGGCCUCUGCGACAACGUCGGGUUGAGCGGGGAGAUACCCGACAGCCUCCGCAACUGCACCGGCCUCGCCGCCGUGUACCUCAACAACAACACCCUCUCCGGCGCCAUCCCCGAAUGGCUUGGGACUAUGCCGAACCUUACAUACCUCCGGCUCAGCUACAACCAAUUGUCCGGCAAGAUCCCGUUGUCCCUCGGCAACCUCACGAAGCUCCAGCUCCUCAUGCUAGACGAAAACCUCCUCGUAGGCACUCUCCCCGAUGGCCUCUCUCGUCUUGCUCUCCAGCAACUCAGCGUCUACCAGAACCAGCUGUUCGGAGACAUCCCAUCUGGAUUCUUCAGCAUGUCUUCGUUAGAAAGAAUCUCCCUCACCCACAACGAGUUUACAGGGAGUCUCCCGCCAUUUGCCGGCACGGGCAUGACGAAGCUGGAGAUGCUCCUCCUCGGUGGGAACAAACUCACAGGGACGAUCCCGGCGUCACUUUCUAAAGCCUCUGGCAUGAAGUAUCUCAGCCUCACCAACAACAGCUUCACCGGUCAGGUGCCCCCAGAAAUCGGCACACUGUGCCUCUGGAAACUGGAGAUGUCCAACAACCAAUUGACUGCAUCUGAUAGCGGCGGCUGGGAAUUCCUAGAUUAUUUAGCAAACUGUGAAGACCUGGAAGGUCUUUAUCUGGAUGGAAACAAUUUUGGCGGAACGAUGCCGAGCUCCAUUGGCAAGCUCUCCAAGAAUCUCAAGGAACUGAACCUCGGGAGCAACAGCAUAUCCGGGUCAAUUCCGCCUGGUAUUGGGAGCCUCAUCACGCUGCAAACAUUGGGGCUUGAAUCCAAUCUCCUCACUGGGAGUAUUCCGGAGGGGAUCGGGAAGCUCAAGAACCUCAUGGAAUUGCGGUUGCAGGAGAACAAGCUAACGGGGUCAGUGCCGUCUUCCAUCGGCAGCCUAACAAAGCUACUCAUACUUGUGCUAAGCAACAACGCGUUGAGCGGAUCCAUCCCUUCAACUCUCGGCAACCUACAGGAGCUGACUCUUCUCAACCUCUCCGGCAACGCACUCACCGGCGAUGUCCCAAGGCAGCUCUUUAACAUGCCAUCGUUGUCGCUGGCGAUGGACUUGUCGGAUAACCAGCUCGACGGCCCGCUUCCGACCGACGCCAUCCGCCUCAGAAACUUGGCUCUCCUGAAGCUCUCGAGCAACCGCUUCACCGGUGAAAUACCGAAGCAGCUCGGCGACUGCCAGAGCUUAGAGUUCCUUGAUCUGGACGGCAACUUCUUCAACGGGAGCAUCCCAAUGUCGCUGAGCAAGCUGAAGGGGCUCCGGAGGAUGAACCUGGCGAGCAACAAAUUGUCAGGGAGCAUCCCUCCAGAGCUUGCCCAGAUCUCAGGGCUGCAGGAGUUGUACCUUUCACGGAACAACCUGACCGGAGCAGUCCCAGAGGAACUGGCAAACCUGAGCUCGUUGGUCGAGCUAGACGUGUCUCACAACCAUCUCGCCGGUCAUCUGCCGCUGCGCGGCAUCUUCGCCAACAUGACCGGGCUUAAGAUCUCCGACAACAGCGAUCUUUGCGGCGGCGUGCCACAGCUCCAACUGCAGCGGUGCCCGGUGGCAAGGGACCCACGCCGUGUCAAUUGGCUUCUUCAUGUCGUGCUGCCCAUCUUAAGUGUAGCUCUCCUGUCGGCCAUUCUCCUUACCAUUUUCCUGUUCUACAAGAGGACGAGGCAUGCAAAAGCCACAUCACCGAAUGUGCUUGACGGCAGGUACUACCAGAGGAUUUCGUACGCCGAGCUGGCGAAAGCCACAAACGGCUUCGCUGAGGCCAAUUUGAUAGGUGCAGGGAAGUUUGGCUCCGUGUACCUUGGGAACCUGGCCAUGGAAGUGAAGGGUUCGCCGGAGAAUGUCGCCGUAGCAGUGAAGGUGUUUGAUCUCCGGCAGGUCGGCGCCACCAAGACCUUCCUGGCAGAAUGCGAGGCGCUGAGGAGCAUCCGGCACCGGAACCUGAUCAGCAUCGUCACCUGCUGCUCCAGCAUCGAUGCAAGGGGGGACGACUUCAGGGCUCUGGUGUUCGAGCUCAUGCCGAACUACAGCCUGGACCGGUGGCUGCAUCGCCCGACAACGACACCUGCCAAGGCUGUCGGAAGCAGCCUGACAGUGAUCCAACGGCUUACAAUCGCCGCAGACAUUGCCGACGCUCUGCAUUAUCUCCAUAGCAGCUGCGUGCCGCCGAUCAUACACUGCGAUCUCAAGCCCAGCAAUAUUCUUCUCGACGAGGACAUGACGGCCUGCAUCGGCGACUUCGGCCUCGCGAAGUUGCUUCUUGAUCCGGGGAUCCAAGAUGCUUCCGGUUCCGAAAGCACCAUUGGAGUAAGGGGCACCAUUGGCUACGUUGCUCCAGAGUAUGGCACGACAGGUAAGGUCACGACCCAGGGCGACGCCUACAGCUUCGGGAUAACGCUGCUCGAGAUCUUGUCUGGCAGGUCGCCUACAGACGCCGCGUUCAGGGACGGUGGCCUGACGCUGCAGGACUUCGUCGGCGCAGCGUUCCCCGACAGAACUGAGGAGGUCCUCGACGCGACGCUGCUGAUUAACAAAGAAUUCGACGGUGACAGCGGCAGCAGCAUGCGCUCUUCAGUGCAUGGUUACUUGGUUUCUGCGAUAAGGGUCGGGCUGAGCUGCACGAGAACGGUGCCGUACGAGAGGCCCGGCAUGAAGGACGCAGCGGCUGAGCUGCGCGUGAUCAGAGAUGCUUGUGUCCGUGCCUGCGGUGAACCUUAGCUACUCCAUUAUUUUAGAUGGGUCUGAUGGUGAAUUUUAGGAGCGACUGGGUUCAGAGUUCUGAUUUGAAACAGAAACUUAGCUGCUCAAUUUUUAUUUAGAAGAUGAUCUGACUCUGACUGUGUACUUACGUUCAGUUGAAAGUUCAGACUUGGAACAGCAGCUCUUUCUUUCCCUGAGAAAAAUUGAUUUUCAAACAGUUUUCAUAUAA